CAGCCCAAUAAUAACCACACUCCCCCUCACUGCUUUCUCACACAGAAACGCUCUGCUCGCUAUGAUGUUCACCUUCUUUUCUAACUCUUAUCUCUGUGGAUGCACACUUGUUCAGAGCAUCGUUUCCUCUCUGUCAUCUUGGCAUCUCAGAUAAUCUCUGCUCAGCAAAUCCAUCAUAUGUUUUCAUGGAUAUGCGAUGGACAGUUUGAUCUCGGGGGCUGGUCACACUAAAGCCCUGGUGAAAUGUCCUUAAGUGGCAACACAAACCGGUCUUCUGCGUCGAUGACAGCUCUGCCUCUGGCCUUCAACAGCAGCACAUCUCCGCACUCCCUACCAUGGGCAGAAGCAAGACCCAGUCGUGAGUCUGAGCAGGUGUGGUCAACAAAUGAGACCCAGAUCCUCGCAGACCUUUCUGUUCUCGGGCAAGUUGAGCAAUGCCAUAUGUCUCCUGUCCUCACAGCAUGUCUAGUUGUGUGGUACAGCAUCACAAUGGUGCUGGGGGUGGUGGGGAACAUCAGCCUCAUUUGCAUCAUUGCCCGUUGCAGAGAGAAAGUCAAUGUCACCAGCAUUUUCAUCUGCAACCUGUCAUUCUCUGACAUUCUGGUGUGUGUCUUCUGUCUCCCCUUCACUGUCAUCUACACACUGAUGGACCACUGGGUGUUUGGUUCACUGUUAUGUCGCCUGGUGCCAUUCAUCCAGUGUGCAUCUGUGACCGUUUCUGUGCUGUCACUAGUGUUUAUCGCUCUGGAAAGACAUCAGCUCAUUAUUAACCCCUCUGGAUGGAAACCAAGCAUUUCUCAGGCCUAUACAGCAGUUAUUAUCAUCUGGAUUCUGGCCUGUUUCACCUCCUCACCUUUCUUGGCCUUUCAGCUUCUCACAAAUGAGCCAUAUGCCGCUGUACCCCUGCCACAGUCUGUACCUGACGACCCAGUAUAUCCACAGACGUAUCUGAAUGCAUCUACACCACAACCUGUUUUCUACACUCACAAAAACUCAUCUGUGCUACCAAAUUCAUACCGCACUAUUUUUUCCUAUAUUUCUACCACUCCCCACAUGGAGGCCUGUUUGGAGCAUUGGCCAUCCCAGCAACAGAGGCUUGCUUAUACCACAUGGCUCUUGCUGUUUCAGUACUGUGGUCCUCUCUUACUGGUCCUACUAUGUUAUGUCAGAGUGUUUGUGCGCCUGCGCCACCGUAAAGACAUGCUGGACCGUGCCAGAACCCCAGAGAGCCAGCGUAUGACCCACAGUCGCCGGAUCAACAUCAUGCUGGUUGCCCUUAUUACAGCUUUUGCCCUUUGCUGGCUGCCACUCACUAUCUUCAACGUAGUGUCGGACUGGAAGCAGGAGGCUCUGCCUGUGUGUCAUCACAACCUUUUGUUCUCCCUCUGCCACCUGCUGGCCAUGUCCUCCACCUGCAUCAACCCCAUCAUCUACGGCUUCCUCAACUCCAACUUCCGCCAGGAGGUGAGAGAAAUAAUCCUGCACUGCCGCUGCCGCCCUGUGGAAGAGGAGUGUGACCAUUUUCCCGUGUCUACUGUGCAUUUGGAAAUGUCUCGCACCUCUGUGCCUAUCAAUUACAGAAGCAACUGUGUAUAACUGAAUUAAUCAUUGCUGUAAGAUGUCACAUAAACUGUAAAACUGUAGGACAAAUGUCUGGGAAAAAAAAAAUGUAUGACUACAAUGAUUUGUAAAGAGUGGUUUAAAGUGCAACUUAUUUCCCUGUGGUUUAAAGUCAGUACAGUGUACUUGGUUUAUGCUAUUUCUUAUUUCUGGAGUGCGUUGAUGUAAAACAAAUCUUACACUAAAAAGUGUCAUUUGAGAUGACAAGGUGUUUAUCAUCUUUUUAAACAAUGCUAACAAAGAAAAUUGAAUAAUGUAUCUUAAUAAGAGGAGAAACUUGACAAAUACAGAUGUUUCAUAAAAAGGUCAAAGGGUUUACUGAAGGUUUUGUAAGGAACACAUGCUGUAAGUUACAACCUUGUUGAAUGCAGCGCCAGCCUUUGGAGUGGUGAUAAAAUGAGGAAUAAUGUUUAUCUUUCUUUUAGAGAUAACAACCUAUAUUGCUCACAAAGUGUCAAUGCUGGUUUAUUUGUAAUUUGUCAUUGAUCUGUGUAUUCUACUGAAAAGUCAAACAACUGCGUUUAGAAACAUGUUAAAAAAAAAUAAAAGAGGACUAUAGUUGUUGUAUUUCUUAUGCUUUGUACAACUUUUGUAUUUUUGGCUUUGUGCUGUGACAAUGAUGUGUGGAUUUUUAAAGUGAAGACAAACAGUGUUUUGUGGUUAGUGUGGCUCAUAUAAUUUUAAUA